AUGAGAGAUCCAGUUCACACAGCGGCUGCCAUGUCUCACCAUCCUUUCCAAGCUCAUCGACCAGGUGCCUUACCCCUAUCAGCCUUCCUAACCGCCGCUCAGCCCUCGUUUUUCCCAGCGCUGGCUUUCCCAGACGUCGCCUCCCUCUCCGAGCCUCUUUCGGAGCAGGCUGCCUCUGACGCGGGGCUGCACGCAGCUCCUCGACGCCAGCAUCAGCCCGUCCACCCGCGUUCACUGAAGAGCCUGCAGCCAGAGGAAGGACUGGAUGAUGACCCGAAAGUCACGCUGGAAUCUAAGAACUUAUGGAAUGAGUUUCACAAAAUGGGAACUGAGAUGGUUAUCACGAAAUCUGGGAGGAGGAUGUUUCCGCCUUUCAAAGUGAGGGUAGACGGACUGGAUGAAACAGCCAAGUACAUCCUGCUGAUGGACAUCGUGGCCGUUGAUGAUUGCCGCUACAAGUUCCACAACUCCCGCUGGAUGGUGGCUGGAAAAGCUGACCCGGAGAUGCCAAAGCGCAUGUACAUCCACCCGGACAGCCCGUCCAAGGGAGAGCACUGGAUGAGCAAGCCCGUCGCUUUCCACAAACUCAAACUCACCAAUAAUAUUUCGGAUAAGCACGGAUUUACGAUUCUGAAUUCAAUGCAUAAAUACCAGCUCAGAUUUCACAUUGUGAGAGCUAACGACAUAAUGAAGCUUCCCUACAGCACCUUCCGGACUUACGUUUUUCCGGAGACGGAGUUCAUCGCUGUCACUGCCUAUCAGAAUGAGAAGAUUACGCAGCUUAAAAUCGACAAUAAUCCCUUUGCCAAAGGAUUCAGAGACACUGGAAAUGGGAGACGAGAAAAGAGGAAUAAACAGGUAAAAGUUUCUCUGCACGAGAGCCAAAGCAAAGGGGACCGGGACAGUGCUGAUUCUGAUGAUUCGUGUGAACAACCCAGUACCAGUGAUGCCUUUUAUUCCCCUCGGGAGCUGGUGAGCAGCCCUCUGAUGUCCACCUCUACCUGUCAAGACGAGAACAAUACUGGAAGCGAUUCGGAUAUUGAUCUACAACAUGAAGACUCUGCUGAAGCCAGCUGUUCCAGGGUUGAACAAACAUCUACUCUGAGUCUGAAAAGUGAGGUGAGACUGUGGAACAGGCCUGCUGUCAGUAAGAGUAACGACAAUCAGGACGCAACAAAAGAAAGAACAGUAUUCAGCAUGUCAGAUGAUAUGUACUCCAUGGACAUGGAUUCUUCAAAAAAGCACAUGAGUGAAGCCAGAGAUGGGGUCGUGCCUGUGAUGUUGCAAACUCGGAGCCCCUCGUCCCUCACUGCUGGUCACCUGCAGACUUUGGAUUUCUCAGGUGCACACAACCAACAGUUUCUAAAGCUUGGGUCGCCUUUGCUGUUUCAUCCAGGACAGUUGUCAAUCAAGCCAGAGGCUUUUCCUGCUACGGGUAUGGGACAUCUAUUUUCCUCCUUGUCUGGAGUAAAUGAACUAGAAAACAGAGGCCUGUCUUCUCAAAAUGUCACCUCUCCAUCUCCCUUCAUGUUUCACCUGUCACAGCACAUGCUGGCAUCUCAGGGAAUCUCACUGUCACCCUUUGGAGGACUGUUGCCAUAUCCAUACCGCUACAUGGCAGCACCGGCUGCAGUUACCCCAGCUCUCCCCACUUGUUCUGCAACUUCAUCUCUCGCCAGAAACCACUGUUUCCGUAGCUCUCGGCCUUGGUUGCGAUUCAGCCCCUAUCAAAUCCCCACAUCUGCCACCUCAAGCCAAAGUCUGCUUACGGCCAGAUUUCCCGGGAGUUCAAACUCGCAAUCUGAGCUGUCCAAAUCAGGCAGCCGAGAGUCAGGCCUGGCGUACGACAAUCAAAGCUACAAAACCAAGGCCAAGCAGAAGAUGGCUCCACAUAAACCCACUGUUAAGAGCUCCAUGGAUGAACUGCAAAGCAUAUAUAAUCCACAAUAACCUCACCUACAGGCUGUUUUUCAUUCUA